GUCAACAGGCCAGUGUCGGCUUCAAGUUUUGGUGCCGCGGGAAGCCUAGACCGUGGGGAAGAACCUAACCCCUGUAUAUUUGCUUGUUGGACACUUCCACGUAGGUAAACCUAGACAUCCAAGAUCUUCGUUCAAGAAUUACCUCCCUCAAUCCAGGGUGGGUUAACCUUACAAAUGUUACGAGUGCAGCCCCCCAUCUUCGGACUGCACAGGGUUGGGUCGGCCAGUAAAACAACACUUCCCAGAAUUCUGUGGGGUGUAGUACAAUCAGCAACCAGAAAUUACAACUCCCAGGGUUCUGCGCGCCUGCAGAGGGCGGGGAUUUCUCACGGCGGCUCCUGCGGAGAGGAGAUGGCAGAGCGGUCAGGAUCUCCGCGUCGCUUGAUGUACAAGUUGGUGGGAUCCCCACAAUGGAAAGAGACGUUCAGGCAGGGCUGCCUGGAGAGAAUGAGAAACAGCCGGGACAGGCUCCUGAACAAAUACCGCCAGGCUGGAGGCAAUAUGCAAGGGAGAGCUCAGAGCAACCUUCUAGUGCAAGAGUUGAUGGAAGAAGAGUGGAAUGCUUUGCAAUCAAUGGAAAGUUGUCCAGAGGCCUUGGCUCAGUGGCAGGAGCUGAUGGACUUGGCUGAGCUGGAGGAAAUCCAACAGGAGCUGAUUGAUCAAGAACAGUCCAUCAUCCGUGAAUAUGAGAAGAGCUUGCAGUUUGAUGAAAAGUGUCUCAGCAUCAUCCUGGCUGAGUGGGAAGCAAACUCCCUCAUCUGUCCUGUGUGUACAAAGUACAACCUGAGAAUAACAAGCGGUGUGGUCAUGUGUCAGUGUGGCCUGUACAUCGCAUCUCAUUCUCCAGAAUUGACAGAGCAGAAACUUCGUGCCUGUUUAGAGGUCACCGUGAAUGAGCACAGCGCACACUGUCCUCACACACCUGUGUUUUCAGUCACUGAAGGGACAGAAAAAAAGUCCAGUCUUCUCAUGAGCUGUCUGAUGCAGUCUACCCAUAGGAGUUGUUUUCGGUGUAAACAGCAUUGCCUGAUACAGCCAACACCUCACUGUAUCAAAUUUCUUCCAUAAGUUAUUGAAUUCUCUUCAUUUAAAAAAAAAUGUAUGGGGGACUUUUUAAAAUUCAAAAAUAUUCAUUCUCUCCCAGAGUUUAAGUCUAGAGUUGGUGAUUAAGAGAUUACAGAAAACAGGUAGUCAGUACUCCUGGAGAGCUGUAGAGGGGGGCCCAGGGAAGCUCAGAAGAGGCGAUUUCAUUUAUGGAUGAAGGCUUCCUGGAGGAGGCAUUUAACCUUGGCCUUCAGGUGUGGAAUAGGAUUUGGACAUGUAGAUAUGACAAAUUGGGGGAAGAACUGUAGUGGAAGAUCUCUAGGUAGAAGAACAAGGCAGAAAAUUUGGAGCAUAUAUGAAGAGGAUCAUGUUGUGUUUCGCUGGAACAUUGGCUUCAUGAGGGAAAGAAGAGCCGUGAUGCAACAAAAAAGUCAGUACAGUAGCCGCAAACGUGACAUGUCUUGAGUCACAACACUUAAGGGGUUGUCCUGUUACUUUGUGGGAGAAGUGAAGAGGCCUUGAACUUAAGCAUGUUGUCACAGUGAGAUGGUAUAGCUGGGAUGAAUGUGAGAGGCUUAGAAAGUGAACUGAUGAAAUUCUGUAGCUGCGGGUGUCUGGGUGGAGGAAUCAAAGACUAUGUGAGGUUUCAAGGCUGGGUAACCGGGCAGUGCCAGGGCCAUGUGCGGAAGACAAGGCUUGUGCAGACACCUUGGAGUUUGUCUGUGGACAUGUUGAAUUUGGGAUUUCUGUGAGACACCCAAGUUUGGGCCCAAGGACGCAGUUAGGAACAUAGGAAUGGAGCUGAGAGUGAGGGGUAGUGUUAGCGGUUGGGUGCGUCUGUGUGAUUGCUAAAAAGAGAUGAGAUGGCGCUGCCUGAGGAGGACGGGGAGGAUAGGCUGCUGAUAUAUCCUUGGGCACUGCCUACAUUUUGGGUGCAGGGGAACAAGCAGAGUCUUAGUGGAGAUGGAAGGCCAGAGGCCAGAGAACGGAAGUGCGGAAAGCGUGGACAUUUCCGAAAGGAGGGCAGCAACACCCACUACAGCGAUUGGAGUAGACAUUGGGUGACCGUAUAUAGAGGACUUUGGUGGAGGUAUAGGGUCGGGUAGCCACUGUCUCAUUUCAGUUUUAGGAAUUUGAGAGAGUAGGGAGCUGAGAAAUAGAAACAGUAACUGCAGAAUAGUUUUUCCAAGAAGGUUAGCCGUAAAGAGGAGGAAACAUGUUAACUUGGCUUCUUAGAAGGAAGAAUGUUUGAGUGCAUUUGUAAAUUGAGGAGGAUUCAUUGGGGGGCAAAG